UAGUAUAAAUUCAGUUGAGACCAAUUGCUCGAUUUUAGUUUAGUUGAAAACAUCUAGUGGAAAUUUUGUGAAAUGAAGGAAUAUUCAAUUGGAUUGUUCGUAGUUUUAAUCAUUACCUUGAGUAAAGCAGCAACAGUACCAGACCGUGAUGCACUCUUAAAAUUCGUUCGAGCUGCAAUAGACGAUUGCUAUGAAGAUGAUGCCAAAACAAUUAAAGUAGAAGCAACUGGUGCUGCUUUUGAGUCUUUAAUCACUAGUGAUCCCAAUCCACCACGUGCAACAAAAUGCAUGCGCUUUUGUGUUAUGAAGUCUCACAAUUUGUAUAAUGAGGACAACACCCUGAAUAUUAAACAAGUUCAAGAACUUUUCAAACACGUCUAUCCAGAAAUAAUGGACGAGACGAAACUUAAUAUCGUUGGAGAAACAACAGAGCAAUGUGUGUCACAGUCAGCGACAGUAGAGGACAGAUGUGAGAAGUCCCACGAUAUAGCCAUGUGCAUGAUUACUAAGCUUGCCCAACGAGGAAUCGAUAUAAAACAAAUUUGAUGAUACCUAUGAUAAGGUAUUAUUAUUGGUUUUAUGUAAAUAAAAUUAUGUUCACUGAAUAA